AUGACAACAUCGCACUAUGUGUUAUGUAAUUUCUUGAAUACAGCUCGAUUAUAUCCUCAGAAAGUAGCAAUCAUACUUGACGAUCAAGUAUGGACUUAUAGCGAGUUGAUUAUGCAAGUAGAACGUGUUGUAUAUCACUUACAUCACUUAGGCGUAGUUCAAGGUCAAAUAAUAUAUCAAUUUGUUGAAAGAAGUUUUGAGAUGGUAUGUGGCUUUUUGGCCAUCAUGUAUAUGGGUGGAGUGUAUUGCCCACUAAAUCCAACACUGCCGCCUGGUCGUCUCAAUACAAUUCUCGGACAAAUGCAAGGUCAAUAUGUUUUAGUGCAUGAGAAAACACUUGAUCAAUUUCCAAUAGCAACUGUUCAGCAUGUUAUUGUAUUGAAUAAUAUUCUUUCUCCAUCACUGGAUAUUGAAGUCAUGAGUGAUCUUCCAAUUUCUAGGGAGUACGGUGCUGCAUUUAUCAUUUUUACUUCAGGUACUACUGGACCACCAAAAGCAGUUGUUCAUACACAUAGAAGUUUUUCAGCUAGUAUUUCUGCUCUUAUUGGAUGGGACGCCGGUAUGUAUACUGCUCGAGAUCACAUUCUUCAAGUAGCCGCAAGUUCAUGGAUUUCACAUAUUUGGGAGAUCUCAUUGUCAUUAGCCGUUGGUGGUACUCUUGUGCUUCUGCGACAAGGUGGUCAUUUGGAUGUGGCCUAUCUUUCUCGAACUAUAAUGCAUCAACAGAUAACGACAAUAAUGGCAGUUCCCGGAAUAAUUCGAGCUCUUACUAAUUAUAUUGUAAAUAACCAGCAAUCGAAAAUAUUCGAUACUGUGCGUCAUCUGAGUAUAGGAAGUGAUGUAAUGAAGCCACAAGAAUGGACUGAAUUUGUUAAUUUAUUAAGCUCUUCCAAUGUCCAACUUUAUGCUUCGUAUGGUACAUCUGAAAGUAAUGUUGUUCUUGGAUGUCAAUUGCUAAAUAUCAAAGAUACAGUUAUUCCUAUGGGAUAUCCAUUCCCAACUAUUCGAUGUUUGCUAAUCGAUGAUGAUGAUGGCAAGAUUAUUAAUACUACAGAUAAUUCAAGUAAAAUUGGACAAAUUCAUAUAGGAGGACCAACUUUAUUCAACAGUUAUUUAAAUGACCCUGAACAAACCAACAAGAAGUUUACGAUCAUAAAUAAUCAAGUUUAUAUAAAAACAGGUGAUUUAGCUCGAUAUAAUACACGAGGAGAGCUUGUUUAUGUUGGACGUGCUGAUUUUCAAAUUAAACUACGUGGUCAACGAGUUGAAACAACUGAAAUUGAAAACACAAUUAUAAAUUCGUAUCCUGGCAAGAUUUCCGACUCUGUUGUUACUAAAUUGGCACAAAAUGAUGAUCUACUUGUUGCUUAUGUGGUCUCAAAAGAAUCCGAGCUCGACACUGAACAAAUUCGAAAUUAUUGCAAUAAACAUCUAUAUCAAUAUAUGGUACCAUCCUUCUUUGUCUUCUUGAAACAGUUACCUUUGAAUGCGAACGGAAAACUCGAUCGACGUCGUCUUCCAGUACCUGAUAUCUCGGUUCUAUCGACUAAUGCUAUUGAUCGUCAAUAUUUAGAACCGAAAAAUGAAAUGGAAAUGCUAGUUCAUUCCGUAUGGUGUAAGAUCCUUGGCUCUAAUCGAAUCUCAACGGGAACAAACUUUUUUAGUAUUGGCGGUCAUUCUCUUCUAUUUAUUCAAAUCUAUCAGCAUUAUAGAACGUUAUUUAAUUUUGAUAGUGAAACAAUAAAUAUUCGAUCAUUCCUUGACCAUAAUACCAUAGCCGAACAUGCAAAACUACUAGAAAAUAUUGAGAACAAUAAUAUACAAACAAAACAAUGGCACGCAUUACAUAUUAAUCAAUGUAUCGCAUCGUAUGCUCAAGAACGUAUGUUUCUUAAUGAGAAAAUGCGUUAUUCCGGAGAAAUUGCCAUUUACAACGAACUGAUCGUUCUACAAGUUACAAAAGGUUUAUUAUCAAUGAAUCGUUUAUUGCAAGCUCUUCGCUAUGUCCUAAGUAAACAUAAGAUUUUAAGAACUUCUCUAGUUUUCAAUGAAGAGGAUAGUAUUUUAAAACAAUCUAUCACUAAUAAAAAUCUGACAUUUACAUUGGCUGCCGAUCAAACAUUCAAAACUGAAGCCGAUCUUCAUAACAUUAUAUCACAAAUAAGUACUAAUCCUAAUUUGUUCGAUUUAUCAAGUGGUCGUGUUUUUUAUUGUCAAAUUCUCAGACAACAGAGGACACCUGAUGAAGAUCAUGAUGAAGAAAUUAUUACAAAUUCUGAUGUUCUCGUUCUCGGUUUUCAUCAUAUUUCAAUUGAUCAAUCUGGUAUCGCAAUUUUUCUAAAUGAUCUCUGUAAUAAUUACAAUAGUAACAGGACGUGGUUAGAUGAUGAAGAAUCAUUCCAAUAUAUUGAUUAUAGUAUUCAUGAGCGUCUAAUCGAUAUGACGCUAUCGUGUGAGUUUUGGCGUUCUCAACUGAAUGGAUACAAUCAAGAAUGUCGAUUGUCACUACCAGUUGAUCGACAUUGCUUAUAUAGUGAUCAACGAUCUGGAUAUGCUUCUAUUGCCCAUAUCUCAUUUGAUAAUGAGAUUCUGACAUCAUUUUUCGAUUAUGCAUCUUCACAUCAAGUCACACCAUUUCAAUUGUGUCUGGCUACAUUCUAUACAUUUCUUUUCAAAUUAGCAUAUCGACAAAAUGAUUUAUGUAUUUCUUGUCUUAAUGCAAAUCAAUACAGACCUGAAUUACAGAAUAUGAUUGGAACAUUUUUUUCAACAUCGCCUUAUCGACUUCAAGUUGAUUCUGAUUGGUCAUUUGAUGAACUUGUUGAACAUGUGCGAGAAAAAUGUUUAUCAAUUCUUGAACAUUCUUAUUAUCCACUUCAACACAUUCUUACUGACUCUCAACUAAAGCGGUCAAACAUUCCAUUUCUUGAAAUAGGGCUCAACUUCAUCACUCUCUCCGAAAAGACCCAAUGGUCUAUUGAUACAACAAUGCUGCAGCAGUUACCAAUACAAGAAUCUUAUGGUGCUGCUAAAUUUGACUUUGUGUUGACUUGUUCUUACAAUCCAACAUCCGAUGAAAGUAAACUGUCAUUCCGUCUAACCUGCUCGCGUGAUUUAUUUGAUGAACCAACAGCUGUAGUCGUAAUUCAAAGGUUUAAACAUCUUAGCAACCAACUGUUUUCAUCGAAAUCAAUUUGCAAUGGAAUUAAUCCAAGUCUUACAUCUAUAUCGAAACUUAGCUUGAUUCUACAGGUAGAAGCUCGAGAAAUUGAAGAUGCUGUCUUUUGUCGACAGCAGAAUAUUGUCAAUGAAGCGCCAGCAUCAUAUGCACAAGCUCGCAUUUUGUCUGAUGAACGAAUUCGAUUUGAUCCACAUAAACCAAAACUUGCAAUCUACAAUAUGCCUUUUUUCUACCGUCUUAAUAAAGGACAUACUUUAUCAAUACAACAACUUCGACAGGCUCUUCAGCUGAUUAUUAGAAAACAUCAAUCAUUUCGUACAUUACUUAACUUUCAUGCAGAAAAGGACUCAUUUAUGCAACGAAUUGUUGACAUCCAUCUUGAUAAUAAUAGAUCACAUGCAUUCAUCGAAAACAUUUACGAAACACAGCAGCAACUCAAUGAUAUUAUGCAUGAAGAAAAAUCUAAUCAUCAACUUUUUGAUCUUGAAAAGGGUACCAUUUUUCGAUGUCAUCUUGUUUAUUACAAACAAAUCUCUUCAAAUCAUCUUAUUUCUGACCAAGAUGUAGUCAUUUUCAAUUUUCAUCAUGCUUUAUUUGACUUUUCAUCAAUGAAUAUCUUUCUUCAUGAUCUCAAUCAAGCAUAUACAACAGGUCAAUUAUUAUAUGAUGACAACACUAAUCUUCGUUAUCUCGACUAUGCUGUUAUUGAACAACAAAUGUCAAUGACUGGUGCAAGUAUGUUUUGGCUUGAUGUUCUUCAUGAUUCUAAGCUUGAUCAACCUUUGUCAUUACCAUUCGAUCGAUAUCGUCUAGCAAAUGAACAUCAAACUGGUCGUGGAACAUCUAUUUCAUUUGAUUUUGGUCAAGAUCUCUCACAUGACUUCGUUACACAUGCAUCAUCAAACAACAUAUCACUUCAACAUCUCACAUUUGCUAUUUAUUUCAUCUUUCUAUUUAAAUUAACUAAUGGGCAAACAGAUUUAUGUCUGGCUAUGAACAUCAAUAAUAAUCGAUAUAGAGAUGAACUCAAAUCAAUCAUUGGAUUAUUUGAGAAUGUCAUUCCAUUACGAUGUCAGUUAGAUCCUCAUUGGUGGUUUCAUCAACUACACAAACAUAUUCAAGAUAUAACAACAAAGAGUAUGAAAUAUUCAUAUUUUCCUCUUCAACGUAUUCUUGAUCAACAUCCAUAUAUUUCAAAACAUGCAUUUUUGGAUACAUCCCUGGAAUUUAUAUCAUACAAGAAUAAUACUAUAGUAAUGAUUGGUGAUUCUCAACUUCUUCCAGGAUCUGUCUUAUUCAAUAUUAAUGAAGAUGAAAUACUAAGUGCAUCCGACUUCUCUCUUGCUAUUUAUCAUGAUUUGAACAUGAAUCAACUAUCAUGUACAAUCAAUGCAUCACUUGACUUAUUCAAUAGAGACACAAUCGAGAAGGUUUCACAACGAUUUCAUUUCAUCUUAAAUCAAUUAUCUGCAUCUGUUAUUGACAACCAAAUAAACAAACCUCUCUGUGAAUUAUCAUUAGUAUUAUCAAAUGAACAAUAUCUAAUGCAAUCAUUGAAUAGCACACAAAUAUCAUUUUCAUCAUUUCCUCUCACUUGUAUUCAUCAUGAGUUUGUAUAUCAAGUAAUGCAACAUCCACAAAAACUAGCAGUUGAGCUUGAUGAACAAUCUGUAACAUAUGGUGAACUUUUAUAUUAUGUCCAAGUAUUAUCUCUACACCUUAUAAAUAAAUAUGGUGUUGUUCCAGGUGAAAUAGUUUGUCAAUGUGUUGAGCGAAGUUUGUCAAUGGUGAUCGGUAUAAUGGGAAUCGAAAUGGCUGGUGGUGUUUAUUGUCCGUUGUCACCUCGAGAUCCACAACAUCGUUUGCAUGCACUCAUGGAGCAAACUGAAAGCCAUCUAGUUCUUGUUCAUCAUUUAACAAAAACUAAAUUCGGUAGUAGUUUUAUUUUGUUUGACAUUAGCUUGGUUUUGUCUAGCAGCAAUGCAAAUAGAGAAAAUGAUGUUAGUGGACUGGAAAAUAUAUCAAUUACACCUGAUCAUAUAGCUUAUAUCAUUUUCACAAGUGGUUCGACUGGAGCACCAAAAGCGAUUCAAAUUCGACAUCGAAAUAUUAGCCAGGAUAUGAAAUCUAUGGUUUUUAUUGAUGCAGUUAACAGCAAUGAUAUAGUUGCACAAACUGUACGUUGUUCAUUCGACGUUCAUCUUUUGGAGAUUAUAGGAACACUCAUACUUGGUGGAACAUUAGUUAUGUUUCGUCCCGAUGGAAUUUUAGAUCUUGAGUAUUUUAGUUCAGUAAUAAGAGAAAAACAGAUUACUUGUAUACAAGCUGUUCCAAGUCUAUUUCGAACCCUGUUCAGCUUUUUUGUAGAAACGUAUCAGUCAUUUCACAGCUUAUGUUUACGAUCUCUUUGUAUCAGCGGUGAAGCAUUCACUCCUGAUUUAAGUAAAGUGCUGGCAAGCUGUACAGCAGAAACAUGUCUCAUAUGGAAUAUAUAUGGUCCAGCAGAAACAAUAAACUCCACAUUCCAACGUGUUUAUCCAGCAGCAAAGAUAACAAUGAUUCCAAUCGGUUUACCAAUGCCAAACUAUCUAUGUCGCAUCUUGGACGCAUAUAUGCAGGCUGUUAUCAUUCGUGAAGAAGGCGAACUGUACCUUGGUGGAGUGGGUGUCUUUUCUGCUUAUCUUGGACGAGAUGACUUGACAGCAAAAGCUCUUAUUGAAAUAGAUGGUCAACUAUUUUAUCGAACAGGUGAUCUUGUCAGAAUGGGUCCUGAAGGUUUACUUUAUUAUAUUGGAAGAAAUGAUUAUCAAAUCAAACUACAUGGACAACGAAUUGAACUUGGUGAAAUCGAACAAUGUUUACUUCGAACAUCGAUUUCAGCUUCUGUUGUUAUCAAAUGGAAGGAUGAUCAUUUAGUUGCUUAUGUUCAAAGUUCUGAUAUUAAUGAACAGGAAUUGCGUGAACACUGUCAAUCACAUUUACCACCACAUAUGAAUCCAUCUCUCUUUGUUGUACUUGACAGAUUGCCAUUGAAUGCAAACGGUAAAAUAGAUCGAAAACUUCUUCCACCACCUAACUUUUCAUCGAUGUAUCUCACAAAUCAGGAUAAAUUAUUGUUACCAAUGAAUGAAAUUGAAAUCAUCAUUCAUCAUAUUUGGUGCGAUUUGAUAAUACAAAAACAAAUCUCAACUAACACAAAUAUCUUCACUCUUGGUGGUCAUUCACUUGUCAUUAUGCAACUCUUCCACCGAUAUAAAAAACAAUUUCACCUUGAGCCAAAUACUCUUUCUAUUACUGAUCUUUUUCAAUAUGCAACAAUUAUCCAACAUGCUCAACUUAUUCAGCAAAUCAAAAGUAUCAAGCACGGUAUUCAUGAUUAUCGGUGGCUUUCGUUACAUAUCAGUCAAGCCCCAGUAUCUUAUGCUCAAGAACGUAUUUUCUUAGAUGAACAAAUUCGAUUUUCAUCAACAAAUAAUAAUACUAACAUAUAUGUUAUUCCAUUAAUGUAUCGUGUUUCAUCUAUGAAUGAUCAUAUAUCUAUUUCACGAUUACAACAUGCAUUUCAAUCUAUCAUAAGAAAACAUCAAAUUCUUCGAACAUCACUUUAUCUUGAUAUGAAUGGUGUUAUUGUGCAAAAUUGUUUAGAUGUAAAUGCUAUUAUUAAUGAUAAGAAAUCAUCUAGAUUUUCGAUGAUUAAUCUUCCUGAUGAAGAACAUGAACAGAAUGAAACUGUAAAGAAGAUUUUAAAUAAAUCUGAUUUGUUUGAUUUAUCGAAAGGACAUGCUAUUAAUUGUCAUAUUCUUCGUCAAGAUCAAUCAAAUCAUUUAUUCACUCAGAAUAAUGAUCUAUUGACUAAAGACGAUCUGAUAUUAUUUACUAUUCAUCAUACUUGCUUUGAUGGAGCAUCGACAUCAAUCUUCAUUCAUGAUCUUUCUGUUGCUUAUCAAUCUAAUGAGUUGCUACCUAUAGAUGAUAAUUCAUUACAAUAUAUUGACUAUUCGAUUCAUGAAUAUAUAAUGGAUAUGACAUUAUCUCAAGAAUUUUGGUUAUUAGAACUCAAAGGACAUAAUCUUACGCGCCAGUUAUCAUUGUCUGUUGACCGACAACGUUCAUCAAUCAAUCAACAACGAUCAGGUUUAGCUUCUACAGCUCAAAUCACGUUUGAUGAUGAAAUAUGUACGUCCUUUCUCACCUAUGCAUCAUCGCAUCAUCUCACACUCUUUCAACUUGGAUUAUCCAUAUUUUAUGUCUUCCUAUUCAAAUUAGCUCAUGGUGAGAGCGAUUUAUGUAUUUCUACUAUCAAUGCUAAUCGAUAUCGAAGUGAAUUAGUGAAUAUGAUAGGAAUGUUUGUUUCAACAUUACCAUAUCGUGCUGAGCUUGAUCCUCAUUGGUCAUUUGAGAAAGUAGUUAAAUAUGUACAAGAAAAAUGUUUAUCAAUUCUUGAACAUUCUCAUUAUCCACUUCAAUAUAUUCUUGCUGAUUUACAUGUCACUAAAUCAAAUAUAUCAUUUCUUGAAACAAUGUUUGAUUUUAUCACUAUAUCAAAAGAGGUAGAUGAUUUAUGUUUGAAUGGUGUCAAUCUAGAACAAGUAUCGUUAAAUCAAUCAUAUGAAAUGGCUAAAUUUGACUUCUCAUUGAAAUUUGUACACAAUCCAUCAUCAGAUGGUAAUCAGCUGUCUUGUUCUUUUGUUGGUUCAAGUGAACUGUUUGAUAAAGUAACAAUGACACAAAUGACUCAAAGACUUUAUUAUGUUUUUGAGCAAAUUUUUUGUUGCAAAUCAAAGAAUACUUUAAUAACUGGAUGUAACACACCGAUCAACAAACUUACUCUUAUUUUACAAGAAGAAACCGAAGAAAUACACUCAAUAACGUUUCAUAAAUUGAAGAAUAUUGUUAAUGAAGCACCUGCGUCCUUUGCACAACAUCGAAUAUGGUCAGAAAAUCAAAGAGAUGUCAAUACUGAUCAGUCAACUUUAACGACCCAUAAUAUGCCAUUCUUCUAUCGUCUCUACACAGGAGAUAUUUUAUCUGUAAAACAACUUCGUCAUGCUCU